AUGGUUCUUAAUAACAAUUCGGACUGUGGACUAUUCAAUGAGACUCUUUUAUGCCUUAUUCCAAAAGUUCAAAACCCCUCAAAGAUGACUAAAUUUCGACCCAUUAGCCUUUGUUCUGUUAUUUACAAAGUCAUUUCGAAAUGCUUAGCUAGCCGAUUAAAGAAGAGUCUCAAUUCUGCUAUCUCUCAAAAUCAGAGUGCCUUUUUAGAAGGUAGAAUCAUACAUGAUAAUGCUAUCCUUGGUUUUGAAAGCCCACAUAGUAUGAGAAAAGGGUGGUGUGGUAAUGGUUCUAAAAUGACGCUGAAACUCGAUAUGUCCAAGGCCUAUGAUAGGGUGGAGUGGGACUUCCUUGAAGCUAUGAUGUCUUGUUUGGGGUAUGAAGACAAUUGGAUCACUAAGAUCAUGAAUUGUGUGCGCUCUGUGUCUUACUCCAUUCUUAUCAAUGGUUCGGCUAAAGGGAAUAUAGUACCUACAAGAGGCUUACGACAAGGAGAUCCCCUCUCCCCUUUUCUCUUUCUCAUUUGCUCGGAACGUCUUUCUUGUUUAAUUAAUGAAGCUGAAAGGGCAGGGAAAAUACAUGGUCUGAAAUUUGGAGCAAUGGAUCAAAAGCUAUCUCAUCUUCUUUAUGCAGAUGACAGUUUGGUGUUCAUGGAGGCAACUCUAGAGGAGGGACAAUCAUUAAAAGAGGUGUUAGAUUGUUAUGCUAGUUUAUCCGGUCAAUGUAUAAAUCUGGAUAAAUCGGACUUAUGCGUGGGAUGCAAAAUUAAAGAAACCAAGGCGGAGGAUUUGGCUGGCCAUCUUGGGGUUACUCUGGUGAAACAUCAUACUAAAUAUCUGGGCAUGCCAACUUUUGUUGGAAAGAACAAAAAACAGGUCUUUGGCAAAAUAAGGGACCGGGUUGAAGCGAAACUUCAAGAUAUUGAGAGUAUGGUUGCUCGGUUUUGGUGGGGCUCUUCAUCCAAAAAACAUAAGAUUCAUUGGGGGAAUUGGGGAAAAUUAUGCAAGCUGAAGGAACAAGGUGGAAUCGGUUUCCGUGAUUUGGAAGACUUCAAUCAAGCGCUCUUGGCCAAGCAAGGAUGGAAACUAAUCACAAAGCCUGAUUGCCUUCUAGCCCGGGUGAUGAAAGCUCUCUACUUCCCUAAUGGAAACUUCUUUGAGGCCAAAUUGGGGCACUAUGGAUCGGCCGUUUGGAAAAGUAUACUUUGGGGAAGAGAGAUCUUGAUCAAAGGUUCUAGGUGGUGUAUUGGAGAUGGCCGAACCAUCCGAAUUAAUGAAGAUCCCUGGAUUCCUAGAGGAUACCCCUUUACUUUGCGAUCUAAAGUUAGGAUCCCGGAAGGAGUAACGAUUAAUACUCUGUUGAAUGAAGAUGGUAGCUGGAAAUUAAAUGAAGUAAUAAGCUGGUUUCACUUUGAUGAUGUCCCUUGGAUCAUUGGAACUAUGCCUAGUAUGAAAACUUCGGAUUCGGUAACUUGGACUCUUACUCCUAAUGGUAAUUAUACAGUAGCUAGCGGCUAUAAACUAAGAUUCAGCAACCCUGACAUUGUUGGAUGUUCUGACAUUUCAAAAAUAAAAGCUUGGUGGUCGUUUAUUUGGGGAUCCCGUCUUACGCCGAAAAUGAAGAACUUUAUAUGGCGAGUCUAUUAUCAUUGGAUUCCUGUCAAAGUGGAGCUCUGUAAGCGCGGAAUGAAUAUAGAUACUAGCUGUGAUUGGUGUAAAACUCAUGAUGAAACUUUGUGUCAUGCCCUUUGGCUCUGCCCAGAAGUUCAAAAGAUAUGGCAGCAGCUGAUUUGGAAGAGGAGAAACCAAUUUAUUUUUCAACACAAGAAGCAUGAUGAUAGUUAUUGGUUACCUUGGGCUUUGGAGACAUUGGAUAUCAACCUUUGGCACGAUCUGCAGCAACAGAAAGUGCAGCAAUCCCCAGCUAAAUCCUCUUGGCAGCCUCCUCCUAUUGGUAAAUUCCUAAUAAACUCAGAUGCUUCUGUAAUUCCUAAUCUUUCGGGUUGUGGUAUAAGUGCAAUUAUAAGGAAUCACAAUGGUGAGAUGCUUGCUGUCGAAACCAGAUUUAUCCCUGGUUUUAUCUCUGUAGUAAUGGAUGAGACAGUUGCCAUUCGGAUGGGAUUGGACCUUGCUUUGAGCUGGUCUUGCUCAGAUGUAGUGAUCGGGGCUGAUUGUCAAACGGUAGUCAAUGCUAUCAAGAAUAAAGAAGCAAUUAAUACUGAUUGGGGCAACAUAAUUCAGAGCAUUAUGAAGACCUGCUGCAAUUUUCAUUCCUCUAAAUUUAUUUUUUAUCCUAGAACUUGUAAUAAGGUAGCCAAUUCUUUAGCUAAUUGGGCUAGAGUAAACAAAGAGUCUAAGAUGUGGACUGUUAUUCCCCAUGUGCUACUGCUAGUUAUUUAG